CGUAAGGCGGGAAUGUUUUAUAUUUUACUUAAAAAAAAUAAUAAUUCUGUAACUGCAAUUCGAAAUAAAGAAUGUAAAUUUACAAAAACGAACCAAAAGAAGAAAAAAAACCCGCCAUAAUUUUCGAAUACAAUUUUUUUUUUUACUUAACGCGCGUCAUGUAAUUAAUAAAUCGUACAGCCUAAAUUCAAAAAGUUUUCUUUUGAAUAAAAAAUCAACUAAACAUGGAUCCGAACUGGACCCACGUUGGACUUCGGUCACCUAACCUCACCAACACUACAGUGAACCUUCAGGAGAACUUCGAGAUCGACUUAGAAGAUACAAACUGGAUUUUGACCUCGUCUUUCAUCAUCUUCACAAUGCAGACUGGUUUCGGCAUGUUGGAAUCCGGUUGCGUUUCCAUUAAGAACGAGGCCAACAUUAUGAUGAAGAAUAUGGCUGAUAUAUCGCUCGGGGGUCUCACCUACUGGAUAUUCGGUUACGGGCUCUCAUUCGGCCAGAGCUCCUACUCCAAUCCGUUCGUUGGUACUGGAGACUUCCUACUUGACCCUCCAGUGGGAGACGCGCUGAUGGGUCCAGUGUUCGCUUCGUUUCUCUUCCAGCUGUCCUUCGCCACCACUGCGACUACUAUUGUCAGUGGCGCGAUGGCUGAACGGUGUAACUUCAAAGCGUACUGCGUUUUCUCGUUUCUGAAUACGAUCGUAUACUGCGUCCCAGCCGGCUGGGUGUGGGGCUCGCAUGGCUUCCUCAACCAGCUCGGUGCUGUGGACAUCGCCGGCUCCGGACCUGUGCACCUUGUGGGGGGAUCGUCAGCGUUUGCGUCAGCUUUGAUGCUGGGACCGAGACUGGGCAGGUAUGCCCGGGGCACGGACCCUUUACCCCUCGGCAACCCGGUCAACGCCGCCAUGGGAACAUUCGUGCUUUGGUGGGGAUGGUUGGCUUUCAAUUCCGGCAGCACAUAUGGGGUGAGCGGUGCCAAGUGGCAGUACGCAGCGAGAGCGGCCGUCAUGACCAUGAUGGGUUCUUUCGGUGGUGGAUGCUUCGGUCUACUGUUCACGCUUAUCAAGAACAAAGGAAAAGCUGAGGUUAUGGAGCUGAUUAACAGCAUCCUCGGUUCUCUGGUGUCUAUAACAGCUGGUUGUUUCCUGUACCGCGCUUGGGAGUCUCUGCUGAUAGGAUUCAUUGGUGCCGGCGUGGCUUCGGCGAGCUCUAUGCUAUUCGACAGACUCCGGGUCGACGACCCCGUGGGAGCUUCGGCUGUCCACGGCGCUUGCGGAAUCUGGGGAGUCAUAGCAGUUGGUCUAUUUGCCGACAACCCUAUACCGAUGGAGACGACAAACGGGAGAUCCGGCUUGUUCAAAGGUGGCGGCUGGUACCUCCUGGGAGUGCAGAGCCUCACCGCCGUGUGCCUGGCCGCGUGGGGCGUGCUGGUCACCAUGCUGUUACUGUGGCUCAUAGACAGGGUCAUGCCUAUACGAAUGGACCCUUACAAUGAGUUGCUUGGGGCCGACCUUACUGAGCACAGGAUCAGGCAUGGACAGGUGGGAGUGUCUCGCGCUGUGUCAGCCCUGAGGCCGUUCCGCCGCUCAAGCAGCAUGGAGGAAAUCGGGACUAUCGGCAUCAACACCGGACACGGUCUGGUCGUCGAAAAAAUCCUCAAGGCGAACAAACGUAACGAGCUGGAUGGGAAGCCGCAAACCUACACGAACGAAGCGUUCGUCGCCACAGACAGCGCCUCAACGUCGUACAAAAACAACGGACUCCUGAACAAGCGUCCCAAUGGCAACGGAGACCAACUCCACCGGACUCUAGACUCUAUGAUCGAUGAGAUUAAUGGCGGGAAACGCGAAACGUCAAAAGGCGCGCGAAAAAAUAAUGGCGCCCCGGUGAUACCAGACGAGAUAAAAGGGAAAAAAUUUAGGGAGUUAACCGUGACCGAACUGGACGAGUUGGGCGAGAUUAAUGCCGCCCAGGAUAGGUUUCGGCGGAGAUUUAACGAGGAGGAUUACAAGAGUGACGUCAUGAGGAGUGCAACGAUAACUCCUAAUGUACGGUGGAUUGAUUGAAAUUUCUAUUUAAGUAUACUAGUGGUCCCCCAGUAAUCGAAAUUCGACUAUAAUUAAUUGAAAUUAUAAGUUUUUGCACUAUUAUGAUUCUAUUGUCAAAUACUUUUAUAAUCACAGAUUUAGACAAAUAUUAAUAAAGAUAAGACAUAUUAAUAAAUUUGAACAUUAUUAUGGUUCUAUUAUCAAAGACUAUUAUACAUCUAUAAUGACAGAAUUCGCGAAGACUACAAUAUAGACAUUCCCAAUUUGACCACAGACUUUAAGCAAUAACAAAAGUUUGACGACAAACA